AUGUCACCAGAAAACAGUGAGAAACGACUUAAAUUCGCUAUCGUAGGAGGCGGUCCCGGUGGUCUCGGCGCCGCGAUCGAGCUGGCACAGAUGCCUUACAUUGACUGGAACUUGUAUGAAAAGAGGCCGAAGCUUAGUGAGAUCGGGAGAGGGUUCACGUUGCAGCCGCAAACAUGGACGUUACUCGAGCGCAACGGUGCAGCUGACAACAUCGGCAUCGAAGACUAUUACCGGUUUGCCGAAGGCAACGGAAGGACUGCGGAGUUACUCAGUCAGAAACAGAAUCCGCGGGACGUGCUGCCGAAACACCAGAGUUGUCGCCUUGCUCGAGCCAAGCUACAAAGCGCGCUGCUGAAAAAGGUAGACCUGACUCUCGCGUACAUCUAUCGAAGAGGCUCGUUGGCGUAG